AUGAGCGAACGCCGGUGCGCGGUGCGUAAUACAUUACCGACUACAGCUGGCGAUGUAUCAUCAUACAUCCACAGAGGCGGCCCCUCUACUACAGCCAUACAUGUAUCAUCCGUGGACUCCUGUGCAGGACUGAAGGGCGCACGGAUCAAGCUCGCUGCGAGCGUCUCCAGCCAAUACGAACUCGAGAGUCAUACUGGCUGCUACAUAUGGCGACACGACGAAUGCGCAGCGCUGCACACCCGACGUGCCCCACCGUUCUACAUCCAGCCAUCGCACAAUCAGCACGCCGAGCCCAAGGAAGACGACCUGUUUGCACUGCAGGACGACCUAAUGGUCGUGCCUUCCGAGCUGCAAGGCCGCACACCGGCAGUAGGGGACGACCGUCUUGCUGUGUGCACCAUACGCGCAGGAACCGAUCACCCGAUCACCGUCGAGCAGACUCGAGCUGACGGGCGGCAGGUCAUCUCACAGCCCUACAUUGACAUGGCUGUCGCGAUGAUGUGCACGUUCGGUGUGGGUAUCAUCGGCGAGAAGCAUGCAGCGGUGGGCAGGCUCCUCGACGUAUACCAUCCCGAGGCAGGUGUACACGAACUCACCAAAUCACAGCAUUGA